UUCUACACCAAAACAAGCCGACGAAAGGGGGUUUCUUGAAGAAAAUCGAGCAGUAAAAAAAAAUCCAUUUUUUCUUUCACAUUCUUCAUCAGAAACCCUAAUUUCCAUCUCCAGGGUUUCUGCUCUCGAAGCUUGUUUUUGCGUUUCCUGUAGUGAUAGAGAUUGGGAGGAAACAAUGUCGAGUAAAGCUCCGUCGAGAGGCGAGCUCUUGAGCCGGCUGGGAAGAAUCGAGGACGAGAGGCAAGAAGACGAAGAUUCUGAUCCAUUGACUUUACAGCGCCUCAACCAACGGAAAGAACAAUGGUUUAUGGACGCAUUCAAUUUCUUGGUAUCUUUGCCAAAAGAUACUCAUAUAUGGUGCGAGAAUGGGGAUGUAAUGGGGCCUCUUCUGGAGACAUUCUACCAUUACUUCAAAGAUGAUCGAGAUGAUUCGCCUCUCAAGCUCUUGUGGAAGAGAGUGACUGAUGAAAUGAGGCUUUGUGUCAAUUGCAUUUCUCAGCACCAUCAGACUCAGGAGAUGUAUGAAAAAGAGUACGAGUUUGCCUCUGUAGGUCCACUUCUUACUGUGUUGAGGAAACUCGACAAAGACAGGGUGACUAGACACUUGCAAGGGGUUAAUUCAAAAUUAGAAGGAAAUACAUAUGAUCCAGAACAUGAUUAUGCAGAAGUUGUGAAUGUAAUGUAUGAGGUUUUGAUGUUUCCAAUCUUGUUUGAUGAUCAGUCCUUGUGCUCUGAGUUUGAGAAAUUCAUUGAGUCGAUCGACAAAGUUCACGAGCUUGCACUUGCUGAUAAUCAACAAUUUCCGGGUGUCUAUGCACUACUGUUUCUCAAUAGGAGAGUGCGAGCGAUUGGUUAUCGCUUGGGUAAGGCCAUGGGGAGAUUGAGGUCAGCAACCCACUUGGAGAGUUUCCAACCAUUGCUCAAGAAAUUCAUUGGAAUAUUAGAAAUGGAAGGCUUACCCUCUGGAUCUCAGGAACCAAGGGUCAAUCUGGACCGCUCGUCGAUAUGGUUUGGAAUGACAACAUUGCUUGAAUUCUUAGAAGCUCCUGCGUGCGAGGAGGGAAUAUUGGAGCCCUAUCCCUUUUUCGUUGAUACAGUACUAAAUCAUAUCAACGGCGAUUCUUCAGAUUUUUCCCUGGCCGUUAGGUGUUUGAAAGAACUGUUCAAAACACUUGGUUGCAAGCUUUGGCUUAGGUCUACCUUGUCUGCAAGUGUGAUGCGCAAUUCAUUAUUGGGUCAGUGUUUCCAUACACAAAGCGAGAAAACCCAUAAAGUCAUUUUUGAUCUUUUCCUACCGCUGUUACAGUCCCUUGAGGCUUUGCAAGUUGAUGAACAUAAAAAGGAACGUCGACACCUUCUUUACUUUCUCCUCCACCAGGUCCCCAACAGCAGUAACUUCAGCGAUUUAGCAAGAAGAAUUGGCCGCAAGAUUGCUCUUCUUAUUGUACACAGAGGUUACCAGAUGAACCCACCUUGCCCUCCUUUUGAGUGUGCACACAUGUGGGGCCCUUCUCUUGUGUCUUCGUUUAAAGAUUAUUCGCUUCAUAUUUCACUACGGCAACCUGCUCUUGAUCUUAUGCAAACUAUCAUGGUAUCUGAUUCAACAGCCCUACUAGCUUCGCUACUGUACAAUAACAAAAAUGUUGAGGUGGACUAUGACGAAGAUAACAUUUUCCAAAACGCUGAAGAAGCCAAUAAUCGUCCCUGGAGUGAAUUUACUGGUCAGAGCAAAAUUACUCUGGAGGAAUGCAGAGAAUGGAUGUGCAUCCCAAGUCUUUGGAUUGAUACAUUAGCUGAUAGUAGUAGCCUUCUAAAACUUCCAGUAUCGUUCUCCAAAGCUGUCUUCUGGGCUCGAUCCCGUUUUUGUCUGGUGGAAUAUGAGAGGAGUGAUGAGAUGACUAUUGAUAUAAAAACUUGGCUAUUGUCUUCCGCUGUUGAAAUCACACCUACUCUGGCGUGGAAGGUACCAACAGGAUCUGAUGAUGGAGGGCAAGGAAAGGAGUCCAAAAACUCAGUGGCAGUAUCGACUAUGUGUGUUCCCUUGAUAAGAACAUUAAAGAGGUUGACCACUUGCUUUCUGGUUCAAAUGGGACAAGAACUUCGAAAACAAUGGACCUGGGAGCCGGGGAUGGGUGAAAGCUUUAUCCUCACUCUUUCAGAUCCGGAUGAUAAUAUAAGACAAUUUGGAAAGUCCAUGCUGGAACAAGUUUCAAACACCAGUGGUCUGUCUCAUGGUCUGAAGUUUCUUUGCUCCCAGAGUUUACACCUAUUUUCUGUUCUUGCUGGAGUUAGACAUGCUUUACAGCAGGUCCAAUUGGAUUUCAGUGUACGAAGGUUUGAGAUUUUGCACCAUUUUUUCUUUUUAUUAUUCAAGCUGCUGAAAGAAGAUGAUGCGUCAAUUACAGUCAGAGUGGAGAAUAUGUUGGCUGGUGGAUUUUUGAGACAGCCUAGCUUUGAUUCUUUGCUUGCGAGUGAUCAAGGAAGUCUGUCGAGUGUCAGCCCAGAAUUGGUGGAGAAGUUCUGCCGUAUUAUAUCAGAAGAUUCCUGGGCUCCGACAAAGAAGUGCUUAGUUGAGGGAAAGGCUUUUAUUGAUCAAAAUACUUGCCAGAUGACAUACGUACGUUUGCUUGAGAUUCUUCCUGUUAUUCUUGGAAGACUCAAACUCAGUCAUGAGGCGUCUAAGUCUGCCAGGGAUAUUCGGAAAAAUGUAUCUGAUCUCAAAUGGCUUCCUGAUCUCAUUGAUUGGGGAAGGUCACAACUUAAGGUGGUUGUUGUUUAUUGGAAACGAGCAUUAACUGCUGUGUUGGCAGUACUAAUAAAAGGAUCAAAGAUUGAUGCUUGUGCCUCAGCUGUCGAUGCUAUUAGAAAUCUUCUCUCCUCUGAUGAAAUUGACAUGGAUCGGUUGAAAGAACAAAUCUCAUGGCUUCGUAUUUUACUAUCUGAAGACAACACCUCUGAGGCCAUAGCACCUGAUAAGGGCAAUAACUCAGCUACAUGUUUGCAGCUUCAUUCUCCAAAGACAGAUGAGUCUCAGGUCCUCAAAGCUUUAGGUAUUGUUGGUCAAGCACCAGAUAGAGUAAUUGAUUUAGCACAGGGUGAGAAAGAGAUGACAGCACUUAAGGAUUUACCUGCUCUGUUGAAGUCAGAUCAACUUGAUGUCAAGGUGACAUCUCCGUCUCUUAAAAGUAUUUCUCGUACUGGCUCUAACAAGACGAGUAUCUCUAGUCUUGAUGCUGCGAAGUCUGUAAAGGCAGUUUCCUCGCAGAGAUCUGUAACAGUAAGUUCUAGCAUUUCAGUCAGGGACCUUGGUGGUGCUCGUCCAAGUGGUAUGAAUAGGGAAGCAAAAAGCGGGCAGAAUGUGGGAGAUUCUUUGUUAACUGAAAGUAGAGAUAUGUCAAAAAAUGCUAGAGAUGAUCCCAUAUCAUCUAGGACUUCGAGUGAGGCUAGGUUUAGUGCUGUAUCAAACACUAAAAAUGCAGCUAUGAAAGUAAUUUUUGAUACUGAGGAUGAUCCACUGGAGACCGCGCUUAAUUCUAUGAAAAGUCAGUCACUGUCCCUGGCAAAGCCCGGACCUAUUGUUCCUAAACGGCAAGUAAUUCAACUUAGUUCUCCUGUAAGUAAGAGAUCUGAUCGACUGCAGAGGCCUGGAGCUGGAUUCAAAAGGUUCAAACCGCCAAAGCUUGAAGAUUGGUUUAGGAAGAUUUUACAAAUGGAUUACUUUGCUAUUGUGGGAUUGGCAUCAACAAAUAAGGAUGAUGGUCAGAAUGUUGGAAAGUUUAGGGCAGUUCCUACGCGCUUUGAUUCUCCUGAGCAGUAUAUGCAGAUUUUUCAGCCCUUGGUUCUGGAGGAGUUUAAAGCACAGUUGCAAAGUGCUUUUCAGGAGUUAUCCUCAUUGGAGGAAAUCUACUGUGGGAUUCUCUCAGUUUUCUCGGUUGAAAGGGUUGAUGACUUUCAUUUUGUUCGAGUUGUGCAAGAGGAAACUGAUCCUUCCAACUCUAAAAGCUUUUCCGAGAAUGACUUGAUUUUGUUCACAAAAGAACAUCCAGGAAACAGUAGCCCUGGUGUUAGCGUGAUGGGAAAGGUGGAUGGACGUGAAUGGGAUGAUAAGAGAAGGUCAAGCAUUUUGCAUGUACGCUUUUAUCUUCAGAAUGCAACUCCACGUUUGAAUCAAGCCAGAAGGAAUCUCUUGGAACGUAGCAAGUGGCAUGCAAGUCGCAUUCUGAACAUCACACCUCAAAUUCGUGAGUUUCAGGCUCUGUCAUCCAUCAAGGAUAUCCCCGUGCUCCCUGUGAUUUUAGAUCCUAAAACUGAUUCUGUUCAUCAAAAUGAAAUUAAAAGAUCAAGUCUACAUAAGCUACCACAUGCUCUGGAGCAAAUACUGAAGUCGUCUUUCAAUAAGAGUCAGCUCCAAGCUAUUGAUACUGUCAUUGGCUCAUCAGCCCUGAUGAAAGAAUUUGACAUCUCCCUUAUUCAGGGCCCCCCGGGAACUGGCAAGACUCGGACCAUUGUUGCAAUUAUCAGUGGUUUGCUAGCAUCCAUUUCACACAUAACGAGUGGUAGUGAAAAUUCAGAACUGGAUCAUAGUUCUUCCAGCUCUUCUGGGCAGACUGUGACUAUGGUAAAAGUAUGGAAGGAUGCAGCUUUGGCUCGACAGCUAUUUGACGACUUGGAAACUAAUAAAACUGUAACAGAAAAUUCUGUUAAAGGAAGGGUAUUGAUCUGUGCUCAAUCAAAUGCUGCAGUUGAUGAGUUGGUCUCAAGAAUAUCUGGUUCAGGCCUUUAUGGAAGGGAUGGGAAGAGGUACAAGCCCUAUCUUGUUAGGGUGGGAAAUGCGAAAACUGUUCAUCCGAACUCAAUGCCCUUUUUUCUUGAUACCAUUGUUGAUCAACGUUUGGCAGAGGAAAGAAUGCGAAAAGAUAAAAUUAAGAACGAUAAGGCUACUGAUUCAUCUGCAGUUCUGCGCUCUAAUUUGGAAAAGGUUGUUGAUCAAAUCAAGAUCGUCGAAGCCAAGCGUGCAAACCUAAAUGAUGGAAGUUCAAAUAUCAAAGACAAGCCGGAGGAUGAAAGCCAUGAUAAAGAUGCUGAUAAGCCUAUGUCUGAUGCUGAAAUGGGAAUAAGACUGCGGAGGCUAUAUGAACAAAAGAGAAAAAUUUACAAAGAUCUUGGUGCUGUUCAAGCUCAAGAAAGAAAAGCUAAGAAUGAAAUCAGAGCGUUGAGACAUAAGUUGCGGAAGUCCAUCCUAAAAGAAGCUCAAAUAGUUGUAACAACUUUAAGUGGCUGUGGGGGAGACCUUUACAGCGUGUGUGCUGAAUCUAUGUCAUCCAAUAAAUUUGGUACUCCAUCUGAACAUACUUUGUUUGAUGCCGUAGUGAUUGAUGAAGCAGCUCAGGCUCUCGAGCCAGCCACCCUAAUACCUCUUCAAUUGUUAAAGUCAAGAGGAACAAAGUGUAUUAUGGUUGGAGAUCCAAAGCAGCUUCCUGCAACUGUUAUCUCCAACGUAGCUAGCAAAUUUCUAUACGAGUGUAGCAUGUUUGAACGCCUACAAAGGGCUGGGUGCCCUGUCCAUAUGCUUACCCAUCAGUAUAGAAUGCAUCCGGAGAUAUGUCGAUUCCCUUCUAUGCACUUUUAUGAUAAUAAGUUGCUAGACGGUGACAAAAUGUCAAGCAAAUCAGCCUCAUUUCACGAGACACGUUAUCUAGGGCCGUACAUCUUCUAUGAUAUUGUUGAUGGCCAAGAACAUCGAAGUGGGGAUUCUGGAUCCAUGUCUCUAUGCAAUGAACGAGAGGCUGAAGCCGCUGUUCAUCUGCUUAAUUUUUUCAAGAACAGGUUUCCCUCGGAGUUUGUCCCUGGAAGGAUUGGCAUCAUCACUCCGUACAAACGACAGCUUUCGGUUUUGCGUUCUCGGUUCUCUUCAGCGUUUGGGUCACAAGCAGUAGCAGAUAUGGAACUGAAUACUGUGGAUGGUUUCCAGGGCCGGGAGGUUGACAUACUUGUUUUAUCCACCGUAAGAGCUUCAGAUACCACUUCGGGUGGAAACGAUCGGAGCGGCAUCGGGUUUGUUGCUGAUGUUAGACGCAUGAACGUUGCUCUAACAAGAGCCAAGCUCUCCCUUUGGAUUUUGGGUAACACAAGGACCUUGCAAAGAGACCAUAACUGGGCUGCACUUGUGAAAGAUGCUAAGGAAAGAAACAUUAUCAUACAGCUCAAAAGGCCGUACAACUCCAGUUUUGGCAAGACAAAAGUGGAUCCGGAAAAUUCUCCAAAGAGUGUUCCAAAGGGUGAGAUACCGAAUGCCAUCCGGAAAGAAAGGAGAGCAGAGGCUAAGCAUGAUAGUGAAAGGAGAGAAUUUGACGUUGUGCCUAUGAGAGACAAUAAGCCAACUGAUGGAGGAGAUGAUGUUCCUCUCACAUCUGAAGGACCUCACGGCAAACACAUGAAACAAAAUGCAAAACAUGAAAGUUAUUCUCAGACAAAAACUGGAGCUGAAAGCGGUGAGAAGGGAAUUUCGAAGGAUGCAAAAUCACUGAUCAAUAGGCAACAUAACCGUAACGUGAACCAGGAUAAGAUCGAGAAGAGUAAAGGUAAAGAGAAGAGCAGAGAGGAUCCUAACGUGGAGGGUGUUAACUUGAAUAGGGCAAAGAAGCUGGAUCCAAGUGCAAGGGAAGGAGGGUCGAAGAAGAAGGCUUCAUCGGAACUGAGAAGGGAGAAACCGAAUGUGGAGGAUUCAGAUUCGAAUAGGUAUAGGAAGAAGGCUUCAUUGGAGCUCGAGAGAAACAAGAGGAGUGCGGCUGAGGAAGACGUAAAAGGGAAGGGUAAACAGAUGAGCAGAGGAGGGGGAGGAGGUGAGAAUAUGAUAUCCAAAAGGAAAAAGGAUAGAGAAGCUAUUGAAGCUAUUCUAAGCUCUUCUCUUAUUCCCUCACAAAAGCCGAAACCUCCAAAGCGGCCUCUGCCCCCGGGUGAUUCAACCACCACAACUGACAUUAGUAGACCUCCUAAAGCAAAGAAAGAUUCUACAGGCACUAAGAAAGUAUUGUAGAAGGGAACCGGCGGCUACAGGGAUAUCCGAUAUCAUCACCUGCAAUUUUCUUGGAGUUUCUUGAUAGGCAAGUGAUUUUUUUUUUCUAUUCACAGAAUGGCAGGAGCUCUCACACCGCCUCAUGUGUAGGAAAAUUUUGUUAAUACCUUGUCACAUUCAUAGGGCCAAAGGCUGUGACAAUUGUCUACCCUUCCUCUUUGGAAGGUGGGAAUUUUGAUUGAAAGACAAAUGUGUGUAUAUAGAAACACAGUCUAUCUGUGCAAAUACAAAAGAGAAGGAAACUUCUCUCAGAUGCUUUA